AGUUUGUUGUCAACGGCUAGAAAGUAACUCCAAGUUAUUCGCUUUUCUCGGUUCUUGAUAAGGAAAAAUAAUUGAGGAGCCGUCCUCUAUCCAACUUAAAGUAUUUGGAUGAAUAAAAGCGGCGACAUUUUGGGUUAUUCCACGAUGGAAUCUGUUAGACAGCGAAAUGACCCUGACUCGGAAAACAGACUUUCUCUUGGUGGUAAAAAUAGAUCAAAUCGACGUUCAUCGAUUCUGAAAACUUCCAAAUCUCCAAUGAAAGCUCUUGAAGAUAGAGACCCUAAUUCUAUGGAAAGUGACAAAGAAAACAGGGACAUGAAAUCCAGAAGGUCUUCCAACAGACGAGUAAGCUUUGCUCAAACCUACGAAGUCAAGGAAUUUUCCAAAGAUGACGGAUGGAGUGAAUGGGAAAAAGCAAGCAUAUCAAAUACAGAUAAAAAAAUAGAGAAAGAAGAAUACCUUCCAAGUGAAUAUAGACCAGCAAAUGUUACAAUUAAAGGACUGGAAUCCUUGCUUAAAGGAGAUAUUCAAAAUCCAGAAAGACAACAGCAGGCUGGAUCUGAUAUGGAUUUUAUCACAUUCUGUACCAGUGCUUUCAAUGAACCCAGCCAAUCAGACUUGAACAGAACUGUUGGCUUCAGUAAUGAUGAUACACUUGAUCUAACAUGCCAUGGUCAAGGGGUAAUUGACCAUGAAAACAGAGCACCAAAUGUUACUUCCAAUUAUGACAACAUGGACUUUACAGUUUGUCAGCCCAAAAUGUACUCAGAUGAAACUGCUGAUUCCACUAACAGAACAGAACAUACACUAGAUAUGACAUGUCAUGGUCAUGGAGUAAUCACUUCUGAUGAUUGUUAUCAAGGACCCAAAUUCUGCCCUAGUUCAUUUCUACAAUCCUUGGUGGUGAAGCCAUCUCAAGAGUUUGUCCCUUCAACUAGUAUAUCUCACACAACAGCACAACAGCAUCAAGUAACAGCUCAGCAACCUCAAAAGACUGAUGCUGCAAGUCUAAGUUCAACUGAGCUUCCAAAGCAAGUUGCUUCCCAGCAAGGAAGUACAAAUGUGCCCAGCAGGUCAUUCCUUGAAAGUCUUGUUACUUCAACACCUUUCAAUGAUGAUGAAGAAGAAGAGAUGGAAAUGACAACAUGUCUUGAAGUACCUCUUGAGACCACCAAUGAAACAAUGCCAGACUCCUCCAUUGUCCUUGAAGUUGGACCACAACAACCAACUUUGUCAUCCAAGCCCAAACAGGGAAGGAUGUUUUAUGAGACACAGAUGGACAUGACCAGUUGUGUGUCAUCCUCUAUGACGCCCCAAGGACAGUCUAUGGCACAAGUAGCACAAAUGGAUAUGCCCUCUAUAAUGACUCAGACACAUUCUGUGGCACAAGGGAUGGGUCAUGUCCCACUUUUAGCAAGGUCCCUAGGUAAUUCACAAGAGGCACAAAUGGACAUGACAACUUGUUUACCAUCCUCUACAAGAACCCAGGGACACUCCAUGGCACAAGAUGCACACAUGGACAUGACAAUUUGUGUACCAUCCUCUAUGAGAACCCAGGGACACUCCAUGGCACAGGAGGCACAUAUGGACAUGACAACUUGUGUACCAUCCUCUACAAGAACCCAGGAACACUCCAUGGCACAGGAGGCACACAUGGACAUGACAACUUGUGUACCAUCCUCUACAAGAACCCAGGGACACUCCAUGGCACAGGAGGCACACAUGGACAUGACAACUUGUGUACCAUCCUCUACAAGGCCUAAUGAACAUCACCCUGUAAAAGACGCAAAAAUGAACACGGUAGCUGUUGUAGAGUCACCUUCAAGGACCCAUUCUAAGAUGCCAGAGACACAAAUGGACACCAGUGCCUAUUCUCUCUUAGUACAAGAAGACCAAGCUUUACCAACAACAGCACGUGAUAUUUCACAACCAUCUGCUCAGCAGAGUAACAAUUUUGAAGAUAAAACCACUUCAUCUCCUGCAAAUCCUUUGGAAGAUGUAGAGGAAACAUCUCAAUGUUAUCAAAAGAUUAACAAUAAAGCAUGGACAAGACCAUCAUGUAUGGAGACAGUGACAAAUGAUCCUUCAGAUGUUAUGACACAACACAAUCAACCUCACAGCAAGUCUUUCCACAGUUUCAAAGAACAUUUUAAUCAAAGUUUAUUGAGUCAUACCAUGCCAUUACUUGGAUCUCAGAAGAAGAAGAUAUCCAGUUUUCAAUCUCUUCCUGCACUUUCAAGCUUUAUUCUUCAAACUAGUGAAGCAAGCUCAAAGGAACCACAAAUUACCUUUGGUCCUACAUGUGAUGUCCCAAUAAGUCAAUUCUGCUCACAAACAGCAAAGAAACAAAAAAUAACACAUGAUACCCAGAAAACAAUUGCAGCUGAAGAAGCAUCUAUUGACCAACCAAGUAAUAAUCAUAUUUCAGAGAAUGACAGUUUUAUCUUCAGCAAGCAAGACAAGGAAUGUUCACCUGAUAAAACAGAGACUGUAGUACAUCCAGAUAAUAUCACCUUUCCUUUUGAAAGUAAAGAAACAACAGUUGAUGUAGGUAAACUGUCUUCUGUUGACACAUUUGUGCUUGAACAACAAGGACUACCUCAACAAAUAUUCCAGGAACCAGAUGGUGGUGCAAACAUUACAAGUCAGUUUGAGAGAGAAGCCUUGGAGCAACAGUGUGAUGAUGUAGUGGUUGAACAAGAUGGAGAAGUAUCAUUUAAGUCGUUUUCUCCUGACAAAGAUAAGACAGAUAAUCUGAAUGUAACGGAGACCCUUUCACACUCUUCAAUGGUGGGUCUCAUGGAUGAACCUACACUUGAAUUUUCAUCUGAUGUCUUAGAUGACACAGUUGAACAGCCUAACAAUGAAUCAAAGGAAUGCAACAUACCAAAAAGUCCAGAAAAUACUUUUGUGUUAGGCAAAAAGCCUACCAAUUUAUCUGUCAUUUGUGAAGAGAAUGAUGCUGACUUCAGUAAAAAUGCAAGUUUCAAUGGAAAUCAAGAAGAAAGUCGUGUAACAAGGAAGAAGAUCACUGUUGCAGAACUGCUGAAGCGAGCCAACAUCUCUUUCAAGUGUCCCAUUCUUCAAGGUUCAAGGCGAAGUAUAUUUGGUAUCAUUAAAAAGCCUGAGAAACCAAAGGAAGAAAAAGAGAUGAUAAAAUUGUCGUUGGCACUUAAACCCCAGGCAUUACACUACAGUGAGUUCUGUAGCAGUGUACAGAAAGAUAUUGAACAGCUGAAAACAAAAAUAAAGCAGCAAGAACAGGAACUGGAUAACUCAGAGACACCUAUAUUAUAUUAUACUAGCGAAGAUGAGAUGACUCAGUUGGCAAAUAAACUCAAGGACUUAAAGAGAACCGUCUGUAAGGAGAGUGCUAAUGCUAGAUGGAUUGAAAGAUCUGGGGUUAUGAAGAAGAGACUUGCUUCUGUCUUGAAGGACAACCGAGAUCAGUUGUCCAGUGAUGUAGCUGCAAUAAAGCAAUCUCUUGCUUUAGCUAAAGACUGCAAUAACCUUCUUAACAACAUUGAUAGUGAACUUGAUAAAGGAAUCCUAGCUCUACGAGACAAAAUAGAAAAGGCAAACAAGGAAAGUGGCAAUAUUGAUGAAGUUCAAUCUACAAUAAAACAGAAAACCAGCGAGCUGGAGUCUCAAGAAACAGAGUUACGCCUAUUAGAAGAGCGACGAUCUUAUUUGAUAAGCUCAAAGGAAACUCUAACAUCGAAGAGAGAAAACGUAGAGAAAGAGAAGUUAGAACGUGAAGCACGGUUAGCAAGAGAAGAAAGCGAGCGCUUAUCCCAAGAAGAAUUAUUUCAAGAAAAAUACAACGUUUUAAAAGGGAUUCUUGAGUGGGAGUUAGACGAAUGGGACCAACAACACGCAAAGUUCCUAUUUUUGCGACAAACUCUCGAGUUGCUUGUGAUGUUUCAGACAGUAGGUGGAGACCGAACUACUGUCUCUAGACCAAUCAAGAGUAUUUCUCUGUCAUCGUGUCUUGCAGAUGACAGCCACAUAUCAGCAAAAUUCGCUCAUUCGCUGAUCCAAAAGAGUUUGGAUAUGAAGACGUUGGCUGAGUUGAGUCCAACAUCGUGUUCCUUAUCGAAGGCUCUUGAUCACGUGUCUAGUGUUGUGGUUAAUGCACGAAUGAUAGGUGAUGAACUGUACAAUGUCAGCUUUAAUCAUGCCAUGACGAUGAACGACACCAGAGUUUCUAUUAUGUUCUCAAGCAUGAAAGCAUUCAUGAAAUUCUUUGUUGAAUUGGAUGUUGAUGCAACGAAGCAUCCUGACAACGUUACAAUUACAGUGAAGCCAAAGAUUGGUCAACUAUGCUGUGAAGACAUUAUGGCUGCGCUGAAAGCUGUUUCUAUUGGUCCAAAAUACAUCACUCGUUUAGUAGACACUGGCCGACUACUCUUUGAUAAGAAGUAGAAAUUUAUCGUCGGUAUUUAUUACAUUCAGUACAUACACAUUGGAGAGAAGUGUUCAUCAUGUCGCGUAGAGAAGUCUUUUCAUGCAUCAAUGAAAUGUAUAAACUUUAGAAGGCGUGGCUGAUCAUUGAGGAUGGAAGGAAAAGCCUGGUCUUGUUCGAAUUGUAGAAGGUUACGCGAUUGCUUUAACUCAUUCCCUACGGUGAUAAAUUUGUCAAUUUUGUAGUUUUUUUGUGUGUUAGACUUCCAUAAAUUGCUUAACUUCCAAAUAAGGCGCUGUCAAUCAAACUAAUGUCAAUUCAAAUACCUCAGUAAUGCAAAUUUCAAUAACGCACGGCGAAUUUGAGACACCUCGCUAGAUUAGCCAGCACUCGAGCUCAAAUUCGCCAAAAAAAGGUUUAUAAGUGCAUUUUUUAAGUCAUUUGCUGCCAUAGAAGCCCCUAGGACUGCAUCAUCAAGCUCGACUAGGCGGCAAAGACAGCCUUCUGGAAGAAAUCAGAGGUGGAAAGCGAUUUUUCGAAGAAGACGGCAACAAAGCGAAGGUCUCUUUGAAUUGUUGUCGUUAGAGAAAGGUCGUUUCCCUAGUCAUUCUGUGGCAGAUUUCGGAACCUACCAAGGUAAAUUUGGCAAGUUUUAACAUCCAAAGAAUGCAGUCGAUGCAAUAUUUUGCCUGUAGGUGCGAGUGACUUGGCACUUCUAAAAAAAUUACUAAAGUAAGAUKACUGGCCAUUCCUUGUCUCAUAGAUGUCAAUAUUCCCAGGGUGCACUUGGGUCGUGCAUUCGAGAAAUGCUAGUUUGUCGAGGUGGACGUCAAAGGUGCGGCUCUUGUAUUGCCUGUAGAGAAUUAUUCCGAAUAAAAAUCCCUAAAUGCAAGAAUAGGAGGAUGUAGCUCUUCAAAAAUGUCGAUAUUGUGCUAGAAAAGCAUGAAUUUCACGUUGCAAAUUAAGUMAAAAAAGUGAGCUUUUCGCUGUUGUCCCAGGAAGUGCAAAAUUCGGAAUUGAGCAUCCACGUCAAGACAAAAGACUUAUUCGACCUAAAAACUUGAUUUCCGAGACAUGCUUUUAAUUGGAAUAUUGAACUUGUUGUCUUGUUGUCUUGUAAGAGCAAGUUUUUCAGAGGCAUAUAGCCAUUUUGGGAAAUUAUAAUUUUUGGAGUCAUCACUCCUGUGGUACUGAUGAUACCGAUGGCCGUAGGGAAAGGGUUAAUACCCAACGAACGACUGUAUUUCAUGUUUAAAUGCCGUUAUUUUAGUGUCGAAGGUCUCUAGUAGACGUGUGGUAACAUAUAUAUUGACUAUAAUAUAUUAGCUGUUUACUAUUUACUUGUGCUUCUAUUUUGGAUUGGMUUUAACAAUAAAAUUUGACAUUUUUGUAUCAUACUGCAACUCGAUACGAAGCAAAUAAAACUUUCAUUGUUAAA